AUGGCUGCUCCCUUGAUUCUCAAGAACCACACAGAUCACCGACAAGAUCCGAAUCCAAACCCGACCAAUCUCUCCUCUUCAAUCCAAGAAGCCAAAUCAAUAGCCAAAAUAUCUCUCCCAAUGAUCUUAACCGGUUUACUCCUCUACUCUCGCUCAAUGGUCUCAAUGCUCUUCCUCGGCCGACUCAACGACCUCUCUGCUCUCUCCGGCGGCUCACUCGCCCUCGGCUUCGCCAACAUCACCGGAUACUCUCUCCUCUCCGGCCUCUCCAUCGGCAUGGAACCCAUCUGCGUUCAAGCCUUUGGCGCCAAAAGAUUCAAACUUUUAGGCCUCGCUUUGCAAAGAACCACACUUUUGCUCCUCCUCUGUUCUCUCCCCAUCUCUAUCCUCUGGCUCAACAUCAAGAACAUCCUUUUACUCUGCGGACAAGACGAAGAAAUCUCCAGCCAAGCGGAGAUCUUCAUCCUCUUCUCUCUUCCCGAUCUGAUUCUCCAAUCUCUACUGCAUCCUCUCCGUAUUUACCUCCGAUCUCAAUCAAUCACUCUUCCUCUGACAUACUCUGCUUUCUUCGCCGUGAUCCUCCACAUUCCGAUCAAUUACCUUCUCGUUUCUUCCCUCGGUCUCGGCCUUAAAGGCGUUGCUUUGGGAGCAAUCUGGACUAAUGUCAACCUCCUAGGGUUUCUGAUCAUCUACGUCGUGUUUUCGGGUGUUUACGAGAAGACCUGGGGAGGAUUCUCGAUGGAUUCCUUCAGAGGAUGGAGCUCUCUGAUGAAGUUAGCAAUCCCUAGCUGUGUUUCAGUUUGUCUAGAAUGGUGGUGGUACGAAAUCAUGAUUCUUCUAUGUGGACUGUUACUUAACCCGCAAGCAACCGUCGCAUCUAUGGGAAUCUUGAUCCAAACCACCGCGUUGAUCUACAUUUUCCCUUCCUCUCUGAGUAUCAGCGUUUCGACGCGUGUCGGGAACGAGCUAGGCGCGAACCAGCCCGGUAAAGCGAGGAUAGCCGCGAGAACAGGACUCGGUUUGAGCCUAGGGUUAGGUUUGUUCGCUAUGUUUUUCGCUUUCAUGGUGAGGAAUUGUUGGGCUAGAUUGUUCACGGACGAGGGAGAGAUUUUGAAGUUGACUUCAAUGGUUUUGCCGAUCAUCGGGCUUUGCGAGCUAGGGAACUGCCCUCAGACUACAAUGUGUGGGGUUUUGAGAGGAAGUGCAAGACCUAAACUAGGAGCAAACAUAAACUUGUGUUGUUUCUACUUUGUGGGAAUGCCUGUGGCUGUAUGGUUAAGUUUCUUUUAUGGGUUUGACUUCAAGGGACUGUGGCUCGGUCUGUUUGCAGCGCAAGGCUCGUGCCUGGUUUCGAUGUUGGUCGUGUUGGCUAAGACUGAUUGGGAAGUUGAGGUUCAUAGAGCAAAAGAGCUCAUGACAAGAUCAUGUGAUGGUGAUGAUGAUUGUGAAGAUGAUGGUAAUACGAUGCCGUUUUUGUUGGAUUCUUUGGACAUGGAAGAAAGUGGGAACUACAGGCAUUUGAAUGUGUACUAA